AUGAUCAAUUCUCUAAUCAAAUUUCUAAUAAUUCUAAUUUGUUUAAUAAUCAAAAUCCAAUCGUGGACUUGGGAUGAUUAUCCAUCCCUUAGAGAGGCAACUUACUGGAAAUGUGGGGUUACAAGACCAGCAUGGGUUUGUGAUCCUGAUGGAAUAUUAACUGAUCAAGAGAGAAAAGAAAUUGUUCAAUUGCCAAAUUCAACAAUUCCUUGUAUAAGAGAAGGACUUAGACUUGUUGUGGCCUUAGCAAGAGUUCAAAUUGAUUCUGGUGAUGGUUCUGACAUAACUGACUUAUGCACAACUAAAAGAAAAUGGACAUCAACUGAUACAACAAAAUGUGAGUCAAAUGUACAAGGGAUUGUAUUAAAUUCCGAUGGGUUUCGCCAUUGCUAUUCGUUACGUUGGUUGAUGAGCCUUUAUAAAUAUGAUUUUGAAAAGCUCGACAACGCCGGGAAUUUUGAUCUCAAGUCCAAUAAUAACUAUUUUGAUGCGUUAAAAAAUUAUAUUGAAAAAUUGCGCAUGCUUUACAAUCACUACUUCUCAAUUUUUGACAACCCUGAUGUUUCCAAAGGAGAUAAUAUAAGACUAUCAGAAGUCCACAAUGCCUUGCAGGAUACAAAAGAAAAACUAUCAGAAGUGCAGCAAUCACUUGAUCAAGGAAACCAAACAUUAACGAAUUCUCAAGCAGCUAUAGAGGAGAAUAAGUUAAAAUUAUCAGAAAUGAAAGAAUUAUUAAUACAAGGCCAAAAACUUAACGAAAAGAAUACUGUAUCUCAACAAUUUUUUAAUAAUUUGUGA